AUGUUGAAAACUUAUAUGGACAAGAUUGGUUUCAAAUUCCAAUAAGAAGACCUCGUAGAUAAAACACAAUUUAAGAAUUCUUUGAUACUCUUGAAUGAUUUUAAUUAACUAUUUUAUAUAAAAUAUAUGAACAAAUGCUACUCUCAAAGAAUAAUCAUUACAUAAGAAGAAUAUCAAAGAAUACAAUCUUAAGUCAAUUAAUCAUUAUAAAAUAAUUCUAAAUUAAGAAUCAAAUAAAAACCAUAACCAGAAUAAUAUCUAUUCAAACCAGAAGUAUCAAUUAAAUAUAAAAAUAGAUUAAUAAAUAAUCAAUCAACUUAUAAAGAUCUAUAAAUGAUCUUUAUAGAUGGAAUUAAAAUAAAUAUCAAAAAAUAAACUAAAUAAAAGAAGAUGAAGUAUUCAUUUAUUAUUCAUAUAGAUCAGACAAAUCUAAAAUAAUGCUAAUAGAUUAACUCAUGAAAUCCCUUCUAUUUCUGUUUUUGAAAGACUUUACUAAUUAAGAAAGAGUAGUGACACAUAAAUAUGUAAUAAUUCAAUUAAUAUUAGAAUAAUCAAAAAGAAGUACAUAUAAUAAUAAACCAAAUUAUACUUAAAAUAUGACUAAUUCUAUAUAUCAACAAUAUCAAAGAUAAUGCUAAUUUAUAAAUACUAUCUAAUAUAAAUCAAAAACUUAAGCAACUGAGAAUUCUUAAAUGCAAACUCCAAUUUAAAAUAAUCUUGAUUAUUAAUUACAUGAAUCCAAGAACAAUGUAUAAAUCUAUAUUUAAAAUGUAACAGAUGAAUAUAUCCUUUCCUAUGCAUUAAUAUAUUGAUCUUACUCAAUAAAUUUAAGAUUCACCAGAUGUAAAUCUAAUCUAGUAUAUAAGAGAAAGAAAUUGAAGUAAUGGUGGAAAGGUAUUUUAUUAUUUAUAAUAUAGAUUAAAUAACUGGUAGGCUAAGAAAAUAGAGAGAGAAUAAUUAAUUGCUUAAGAAUAUAAUAAUGAAUAAACAGCUAAUAGUGAUCAUAUGUAGAGUUAACAAAAUACUUAUUAGAAAGUAUUUUUAAAUAUUUGAUAUUGUUCUAAUAUUUAUUACUAUUAUUUAUAUGAAUAAUUAUGAUCAAUUAAUACAAAAAUUAGAUUAGGAUCCUCAUUUAUAAAUCUUAAAAUAAGAUUAUGCUACAAUAAUUGAUAGUAUGAAAGACACAGAUUUAUCUGUUAGAUAAAUGAUUGCAAUAUUAUGGGCAGCUGAAAAUGAUGUAUAUAAUUCAAAUUAUUUUAGUGUUUGAAAUUUACAUCAGAAAUAGAUAAAUUAAAUGCUAUGAUUUAACAACUUUAAUAAUAAUUACUAUAAGAAAAUAUUCCUUAAGAAUCUAUAUUAUCUGCUGAAGAUGAACAUUAAGAAAUAUUAUAUGAAAUUGAAUAAUAAUUGAUUUUCAAUGUUUAAAAGUUAAGUGAAAAUUAACUGAUAAAUUUUACAAUAUAAAAAUAUGAUAAACUUGAUUAUUAGACAGCUAUGGAUAUUAUUACUAAAUUUAUUGAAUCUAAAUGUCUUAAUAAAGAAGUUGAAGGCAUUCUAAAUUAAUAAUUAUAAGAUUAAAUGAUAAAAUACUAGAAAAAAAAUUAUAUUCUACAAAUUGAAAAUAUGAAAAUUCUAUCUAAUACUAAUUCUAAAGAUUUUUAUCAAAAACAUAAAAAACUUCAAUCAUUUAGUUUUGAUAGAUUAAAACUAAAGUUUCAUACACUUAUUAAAGAAAUCAAAUAUUUAAAAAAAGAACUUUUUUCAAUCAAAGAAUAAUAUUAAAUGCAAAUUAAACUAUUAUUUCAUUAAGAUAAUAUUAUAGAUAAGAUGUUAACAUCAUAAUAAUUUAAUAUUAUAUAUAAUAAAAUACUCACUUAAUUAAAUCAUUAAAGAAAAUACUUUAAUAUAAGUGGUUAAGUUUAAUAAAGUUUAUUAGCUUCAUAAUAAAUAGAUAAUAAUGAUAUCUCUAUUGUUUUUGAUAAAUUACAAUAAAAAUUAAUUAAUUAAAUAGCUAAAACUGCUUGUUAAGUUACAGCUAAUUUUGAAGAAAUUGUUACAUCUCGUUAAAUCAAUAACAAUUAUUUAGAAUUAAUAUUGAAUUCAACAAAAGCUAAUUUUACAAAAAUAUUGAAAUAUAAUAAGAUGAUCUCAUCAAUUUAAUAAGAAAAAGAAACAUUAUAAGGUUAAAUUAGAUCAUCAAUGGAAUGUUUAAUUUAAAAAGUACAUAUAGUUUAUAAUAUAUUUUAGUUGAAUAAUGAAAAUAUUAAACUUAAAUUAAUUCAUUUAACUAAUGUCUUAGAAAAAUCAUUCAAAAAACAAAGUCAAUCUAGUUUAGAAAGUUUAAAAAGUAUUUAAUAUCAUUGA